CCGGUCUCCAGAAUUCCUCCAUGACGCGUUUCCGGUGCCCUGUGUCGUCGUGUCCAUGAAAUCCCUCCAGGACCCUACCACUGUCGUCUUCCUCCCCAACCCAGCCUAGUUCGAAGGGUCACUCGACCCUCCGUUCGCGAGAAUGGUUCUCUUCAAGAGAAAGCCUGUCCGAUAUCUACCUCAUCCUUACAUUGACGAUCAAGAGUGCGAUGUCUGGGUUCUAUCUGAGUCGAACGAAGUCUUUACUUCCUACGAUGCAUAUCUGGAGCGCAUGGACUUCUUCAAGUCUAAGAAGUUUACAUGCGAAGUAACCGGCCGCUCCGGCCUCAAUUUCUUCGACGCCCUUCGAAGUGAACAAGCGGGCUCCCGCGAAAUCGACGAGGCGUUCCCGCAGGCUCUCCGCGAACCGGUCUUGCGCCGAGUCCAGUUUUCUACAACGUCCCGCGUUGACAACCUGGUGGAGGAGGUGUUCAAUGAAUUCAAAAACGAUUUCUACCCAGGCGAAUUGGUAACUGUCAUCCUGAACGAUUCUUCUCGACUUAAUGGGCGAGUAAGAGACAAGGCCAAAUUCGCCGAGAUCAGAGGACCAGACGGCGGUGUGGCAAGGAAUGCAUUCUCCCGGUACUUUGUCAGGCUGAUCGACCGGCCGGAUGAGGAGGCACUUGUCGACGAUCAACACAUAGUCAGAGACCGAAAGAUCUUCACCAAGCAGAUGCUGCGCUCCUUUAUUAAGAACGCUGUCACCCGCGAGGGAUGGAUUGGUGCCCCUUGGCUGGUCAAACCAGAGAUAGCGGAGCGCUUUCGAAUUGACACCAACGUUCCUCCUCAUCUUCAAUACAGCAGCAAGGUGGCCGCGAAGAAAGCGGAGAAGAAACAUGCGUCGGUCGAGCAGCAACAAGACGGCAUGUUUGGCAUUUGGCAACCACACAGGCUUCCAGAUUUGCAGCCUGCGGUUAAGAGUCGGAAAGGCCAACAACAUCAACGACAGCAAGCAGUGCAGAUGGAUCCAUCAAUGGGGAUGUACCCUGACUAUCCUCAUAUGCGAGCCAUGCCUGACCCUGGCUUACUACCGCGUUCGUGGGAUUAUAUGCAACCGCCACCUCCUCCACCCCCAGGGUAUGAUCCUUACUACCAAGGUUACCCAAACCAGCACAUGCCUCCAAAUGGCCACUACCACCCUCCUCAAGCUCCUCCACAACCAGUACCUCAGAAGCAGGUGGCGGUAGAGAUACCACCGACGCCUCCUCCACCAAUAAAAUACCCUAUCGAUGACCUCGAUGUAGAGCCGGUGCGAGAUGGCACACAUCGACCAUCGUUGAAGUUUGUCACCGAGGAGCAAUGUCUGGACGAUAAGACGAUGGAUGAUGUAAUUCCGGACCUCAGGGAAGAGACGGUUGGCCUACUACUCGAAAUUUGGAACACCCUCAAUGUCUACUGCCAGGUUCUGAAAUUGGAUUCAUUCACAUUUGACGACUUUGUGGAGGCGAUGUUGUUUUCUUCCGUGGAGGUAGAAUGCGAGCUACUUAUCGAGGUCCACUGCGCAGUGCUCAAGCAGCUGGUGAACUCCGAGCAUCACAACGAAGGAGCUGUCCAGGUCUCCUUGCCAGACCUGCCGCAUUCCGACGACGAGGAGGAAGAAUCCGAGGAAGAAGAGAGCAAGUUGCCUACACCGACACCUGAGCCCGAAUACCCAGCCAAGCGUACGCGGAGCAGCCUUAACAAAGUCAAAUUUGCCGACGAACAACAGGAGCCUGUUCAAGAAGAAGAGGUCGAUACUGUGCCUCAUCGAGCGGCCGAAAUGCUUGGUGAAUACAGCUGGAUCGACAGACUGCGGAAACGCGACUUGAUCGACGGUGGCUGGGAAUUGGUCAUGGUCGGCUUGCUCCAUCAACUUGCCGGAAGGGACCGACUUACAGAGCGAUGCAACAAAAUCCUCCGACAUCUAGCCCCCUUGGAUGCCGAGCCUACUAUCGAGACUGCCCGAAUCCAGUAUGCCACAAUGGACAUCAACCUACGGGCAGAUGCUCUUCAGAUGAUUUGUCAGCUGUUCCUCGAGACCAAGACUGUGAAAGACUUUCUAGAAGAGAUGAGCAAUACCAUGACCCAGUAUCGAAAAUUGAAAAUCGAGCACCAGCGAGCUCGAAAGGAGACUUUGACCAAGUUGAAAGAACUGCAAAUUGAGCGCAGAGUAUUGGCGCCUGAGCCAGAGAAGUCUCCUACACCUGUGCCAGAGCUUGAAGAAGCCAUGGAGGCAGAGAAAGCUGAAGAAGGUGACAUUUCCAUUCCGGAUUCGGAGGAUGAAGAGCUCACGGUGACACGCUCGCUCCGGCGUGGCAAUGAUCGCGCUGCAGAGCGAAAGCGAAAGCGGGAACAAGAACAAGAACGAAGAGAAAAAGCGGCGGAGGCGAAGCAGAAUAAAGGCAGCAAGGAGUAUCAGAAAGUCCUAAAGCAGAUUGAAAAAGAGCGAGAAAAGGUCCAAGCUGCAGAAGAUGCAAUCCUUGUGGUCGACAAUGACCUUCGUGAGGCAGACUGUCCUCGAACGCGGGUUCUGGGAAAAGAUCGCUUCUGCAACAGAUACUGGUGGUUCGAGCGAAAUGCCAUGCCGCAUGGCGGCCUGCCCGACAGCUCGACUGCAGACGCCGAAUAUGCCAAUGGUCGACUUUGGGUACAAGGUCCGGAUGACAUGGAACGUGAAGGCUUUAUUGAAUUAUCCGAGCCCGACAAGAAUGCUUACUAUCGUCGUUUCCAGAUGACACCAGCGGAGCGUAAAGCCAUGGAGGAAGGACCAACAACACUGGUGAAGGCCAAACAAUGGGGCUUCUACGAUACAGCUGAAGAACUCGAUAUGUUGAUCGGAUGGCUUGAUUCUCGUGGUUACAGGGAGCUCAAGCUUCAAAAAGAACUCACCAUGCAGAGAGAUGUCAUCAUCAAGCACAUGGAAAAGCGUGCAGCAUACCUUGCACCACGUGAGGAAUCAGAAGAACCGCCAACAAGAAUGUCCACGAGGACGAAGACGCAUCUUAGCGACAAGACGCAUCGCUGUCUUCGAUGGAAGAACACCAGUGCCGUAGCAGAGCUGGGCCACAGGCACGUUGACCCUCCUCCGAAGCCUCGUCCACGUGGAAAGAAGCAAUCUCUGCACGAAGAGACGAAAAGCACGGGCCCUCCGGCGCUCAAUCGUCAGGGCAAGCCUGUCACAAGGUACCAUUUUUGAGGUUUCCCAAACAGUAUCAUUCGUCUCUCGUGACGAGU